AAAAGUGAGCAGCGAUAAAAGGAGAGGUGUAGUAGGUAGAAGGGAAAGGGAAACUGAAGGAGAAGGGAGGAGGAAAUUGAGAUGAAGAAAUCCGGCGGCGGCGGCGGAGGCGGUGGGGCUGCCGGCGAUAAGAAAAGGGGGCGGCGUUCGUACGCAGAAUCCUCCGCCGACGCACCUCCCAGGAAACAAGCUGCGAGAAAGGACCCCUUUCAAAUAUUUGCUGAGAAAGUGAGGAAUCAUAAAGAUUUAGAAUCGAGGUGGGCUGUGUUGCAGGAGACAAGAGUUGAGUACUUUAGAGGAAAAGAUUUUGUUAGCUUUUUGAAAAACCACCAGGAAGUCAAGGACCUUCUUGAAUCGGAUAAACAUUUAGAAAGCGAAGAAAUUGCCGAUAUUCUUUUGAGGAAAAAUCUUAUAGUGCGAUGUGAUCGUGUUGUCAAAACUGUUCGGCCUGGAAAGAAGAAGCUGUCUACAUGGCCGGCCCAUUUGGAGAUUUAUUCAGACCAGGUUUUCUCAGAUAACGAUGCAUUUUUUGCAUGGACUUUUGUGAACCGAAGGCCAUUGUGGCAAACACUUUUAUCAUUUUGCUGGCCAAUUUUGACUCUAGCGAUCUGCUUGUUCCCCGUGUAUCCUCACACAGUCAAGCUGCUUAUACUAUACAUCUGUGCUGGUCUAUUACUGCUUAUACUUUUCCUCCUCCUGUUGAGAGCUCUUAUAUUUGGAACUCUUUGGGUCGUACUUGGAAGGCGGGUGUGGUUCUUCCCGAAUAUACUGGCUGAAGAAGCAACACUCAAGGAAUUAUUCCAGUUUUGGCCCCAGAAAGACGAAGGCGAGCGCCCCAAGUGGACAGCCAGACUAUUUUAUGCUAUAGUUGCUGUCCUGGUCAUUUUACUUCUGAGACACCAUGCUCCCGAUGAAGCUGCCAGAGCCAGGUACCAGAAACGGGUGUCCAACAUCAUUGACGACGUUCUUGAUUGGUCGCCUAGUCUUGCUCUAUCGGGCAUCAUGGAUAAACAGCCCGUAGUUAAUGUGACUGAUACAAAAGAAAAUGUUACGGAUGGCGGGGCGGAGACAAUGGCACCGCCUGAAGAGAUAGAGAUAGAGAGAGAAGAAGAGAUUGUAUCCGUAGGAGAUGGUGAUAAUAUUGACUGAUUGAAGUUGCCGAGGGGAAGGACAUCUAUUGUCUGUCGAUCACAUAGGAAAUCUCACUCAAGUAAGGACUGGACUCCCCAUGUUACAGUGUUAUUUUAUUUUAUUUUAUUUUUUGUUAUUAUGAUUUUAUUUGAUUUUAAUUUUUGUCUUUUAACUUUGUGUUCGCUUGAAAUAAGCAUGUUUAUGUUUGUCAUUAAUGUAGAAUUUUGUAAUGUUAUAAAAGUGUUUUUAACUCUGGAAAGCAA